UCCUCCCACUCCCAGCGCUCCUCUCUCUCUCCACUGCCACUGCCGCUCUCCUCGCAAUUCCCACCCCGUCCUCGCCUCCUCUCGCCGCCGCCGCCGGUUCCGAUCCCUAGCCGCGAGCCGCGGCUGCCUCGCGAUUUCCGGUACCGUGUCGCGGUGAAGCCUACCGGUUCGCGGGAGAGGCGAUGGGCGCCGGGAGCUCGGCGCAGCGUCGGAAUGUGAGUCCGCUGGGCGAGAAGGGGACCGGAGGACGCAAGGGCUCCGCCGGGACGGGCUGCUGGAUCCGCCUCUGCGUCUCACCCUCAUCCUCCCGCGCCAAGGUCGACACCGCCCUCUGCGGCGCCCGUGCCUCCGAAACUAGAGGAAAGAACGAUUCUAUCCAGAACCAACCUGUUCGACAGAUAGUGCCAGCUUCGGCAUCGCCUAGCAAAGCUGAAAAUGUUUCAGCCCCAUCUAUAGUUGCAGAUGGGCUGACAGUAGCAUUCCAAUUACGGAAGUUUACUUUCAAUGAAUUGAGGUUUGCAACCAGAAACUUCCGUCCAGAGAGUCUUCUUGGUGAGGGAGGGUUUGGCCGUGUCUACAAAGGUUGGAUCGGAGAGAACGGAACUGCCCCUGUGAGACCAGGCACAGGUUUAAUUGUUGCUGUUAAGACCCUCAAUCGUGAGGGACAGCAGGGUCACAAAGAGUGGGUGGCAGAGGUCAACUUUCUAGGAAAUCUACAACAUCCAAACCUGGUGAAACUUAUCGGCUAUUGUAUUGAGGAUAACCAGAGGCAGUUAGUGUAUGAAUUUAUGCCCCGUGGAAGUUUAGAGCACCAUCUCUUCAGGAAGGCAGUGCCACUUCCAUGGUCCACCCGAAUGAAAAUUGCACUCGGUGCUGCAAGGGGCCUUGCCUUUCUCCACGAAGAAGCUGAAAGGCCUGUUAUCUAUAGGGAUUUCAAAACUUCAAAUGUUUUGCUUGAUGCAGACUACAAUGCGAAACUUUCUGAUUUUGGUCUUGCUCGAGAUGGCCCCAUAGGUGAUAAGACCCACGUGUCCACGCGAGUCAUGGGAACGUAUGGGUAUGCUGCGCCUGAAUAUGUUAUGACAGGUCACUUGACGUCGAAGAGCGACGUUUAUAGCUUCGGGGUGGUGCUGCUGGAGCUCAUGACGGGCAGGCGAUCGAUGGACAAGAACCGGCCAGCAGGGGAGCACAACCUUGUGGAAUGGGCCCGGCCCCAUCUGAAACAAAGACAAGGGUUCCAAGCCCUGAUGGAUCCCAAACUUGGGGGAAACAUCUCCAUGAAAGGCGCGUACAAGGUGACCCAGCUGGCCCGUGCCUGCCUCACCCGGGAUCCCAAGGCCAGGCCUCUGAUGAGCCAGGUCGUGGAGAUCCUCAAGCCUCUCCCGGACCUGAAAGACAUGGCCUCUUCAUCCGGCUUGUACUACUCCUUGCAAGCAGAGCAAGCUGCAAGGCUAGGGUACCCUAGUGGCAGCCGGAGCAUGAGCCCGCAGAGCAGCUUUGCGUGGAACGGGCAGCAGCCGAUGAGGAGCCUCUCCCAUGCCCCCCGUGGCCAUGCUUCCCCGUACCGGCCCCAAGGCCAUGCCUCGCCGUACCUGCAGUUGCCCAGGAGCAAUGCCAAGUAGCUCCGGUGAGAGUGCGUUCUCCUAAGUCAGUGACUUGUCAUCAUUACAUACCAUUGAAGAUUAGAAAUUGGCGAGGUAGGUAAUUUAGGCAUGUAACGUUGUAAUCUGCUUCUGUGUUGUGACGACAUAGUCGACCGGGCAAGAGACUUUUCCUGCAUCUGCAGAGAGGUUAGAUUCAGUUAUAGUAGACAAUUGAGUUUCUUGUGGGAGAGGUGUAGCUCUGUUACUACUUGACAUAGUGGAAGUUGUACAUGGUCUGGUUAAGUAAACUGGAGGGAGAUGCAGAAGUUGAACUGGCCAAGAUUUUGGCUCCCCUGUAUAAAAGGUUUUUCUUUGAGAGAGAUUCUAGACUCGCCCCGCAGCGUCAGUGGCUGUGCCUAU